AUGCCUGAGCUUCGGGUAAUGAGCUCGGAUUUUAAGUGUCACGGGGGACGUUGUGUGACUUCGGAGAAAGUGCCGCUUGGCCGAGUGGCCCGUAGCCGCCGGGCCUCAGCUAGCAAGAGCGGCUCUCACCUGGGCCUGGGCCUGGGCCGCCCCUGCAGGACAGCAGCAUACAGAGAUUGGAGAGGAGGCCGUGGCCCUGGUGGAAGAUUUGCAGAAAGAAAUGGGAAGACAGGGGUUACAGUGAAGAACUGGCAUCCAGAAACAGAGGAACAGUCAAGCCGCAAAAUAGAGUUCCCAUCCUUCCAUGGUAAUGAAGGCACAGGAGCAACCAGAACCUGGACAGAAGAGCCACCUAAAAAUAACUUGGGAGAAUUCUGCAAAGGGGGCAUCCCACUAGAUUUUCCAAUCUACAGGCCUAGAGUGAGCAGGAGUAAUUACAGAGCCCAGAUCUUUACCACUGCAGAGAGAAGGAGAGAGGAGAGUGGGGGAGAGUGCUCGGACUUCCAUUUCUACUCCAAGCUGAAGAGGAGUGAAGCACUUUGGAAUGGUCAUCUCCAGGACUUCAAGGAAAUUUGGAAACUUCCUGCACAGGACACCAGAGAAUCCACACAGGAGAAAAGCCCUAUAAAUGUGCAGAGAGCUGGAAGUGUUAACCAGAGCUCAAACAUUAUUAUGCACCAGAGAAUCCACAGAGGAGAGAAACCCCAUAAAUGUAAUGGGUAUGGAAGAAGAUUCCCCAAUAGCUUGCACUUUGAUUGGGGAAAGUUCACUAAGGGUUCUGUCCUCACCAGCCACCAGAGGAUCCAUAGGAGAAAUCCUACAAGUAUCUCGAGUGUGGGAGAAGUUUCAGUGACUACUCAAGCCUCAUUACCCACUGGUGAAUUCACACUGGAGAGACCCUAUAAAUGUGGGGAAUGUAGGAAAAGCUUCAAUCAGAGCUCAAGUCUCAUUAUACACAAGGAGAAAAGCCCGAUGAAUGUAACAAAUGUGAGAGGCAAUUGGACAGCAAAUUUUAGCCACAUUGGAGAACCUAUGUGGGAGAGAGACUCUGAUGUGUCCGGUAUAUUGGGAAAAUGUCUUUAAAGCACCAAGUCUGGCAAUUCUAAGGAGUUUGUCCCAUAAAAGAGUCUUUUUUGCCUUUAAUUCUAUAACCUGUCACCAACCUGAGAUAAGAAUUUAAGUCACAGUCCAAAAGACUUUGUUUUGUUUCUCUCUCUAAAUGCUUGGCUUAUGGAAAUAUUCCUCAGGGUUUCCUUAUCUAUGCUGUUGCAAUGGAAGCCAAUUUCCAGAGAAUUCAGAAACUAAUUCUGAAUUUGACUAUGUCCCCAUUUCAGUGUGUCUUCAUUGUGAUUCUGUGCCUUAAUUUUCUCAUCCCUGAGAUCCUCCCUCACAGAUAGACAGGGCACUGUCCUGCCCUGAUCAUGUUAAUGGAGAUGGGUCAGCUAUGGAGCCAGCAGUGUUUGGGCACUAGACAAAAGUUUAUAAUAAAAUUUCUAAUGUACCAUUGUUCUCCCUGUGGGAGGAUUGGGGCUCAGGAUUCGUACAUUUCCCCACCCUCCUUAGGAUUUGCAGGAAUUUAUAGAAAAUUUCUAGAUUCAUAGAGGAAAGUGCUCUAUUACAUGGGGGAGGGAAAAGGAAGAAAGAACAAUGUUAGGUUUGGCUUUCUAAACUAUAACUUCCCUCUCCCAAAAUAUUAGAUUGAACCAUAUGAGAUUGCCAUUGCUGAUCUACAAACUAGCAAUUUUAUGAUUCGAUCUAAGUAGAAUGUCUGCAAUUGUGUUCCCAAUGGCCAGCAGCUCAUACUGAAUCCUAAAAAGGUGAAGCUGGGUCUAGAAGAUAUGAAGCAGGAUAAAUAGGUGGGUAAAGACCUUUCUCUUUGUAGAUAUGCCCAGAGCAAAAACUAAGAACCAUGGUAUUAAAAAGUCCCUAAAGGAUUUACUUCUAUGUCACAUGCCUUUGACAAGCCCACUAAUUCCUGUCUGUGCUUCAGGCUUCUCAGAGCCAGGGUAUCCUGAUCCUUCGGGCAACAGAUUCCCACAGAUUUCAGUCUCUGCACAAGAGCACAGCAGAGUCCCUGGAUAGACUCUGAUGCACAGAACAAAUGGGGCUUAGAAAAAAAAUGGAACACAGUUUCUUCCUCUUAAAAUAGUGCCCAUUGUGUUUGAUUUUUAAAUAUUUUCCCACAACCUCCCAGAAUCUCAUUAUAAAACAAAGCACAAUCUACACAUAUUACAAUUGUACUUAAUUAGAUUAAUAAUUAUUAUAAUAAGGCUAACUCAGUAAUAAGGCUUC